UCUACUCCCUCCAAGAAGAGAUCAAAUUUAAAGCAGCAGCAACAAACAUGAAUGUGAAGGGCAUGGCUAUGGUCUUGGCUGUGAUAUUCUGUGCUACAAUUGCUCAAGGUUUCCCAAUGUUCAAAGGAGGACGCUGUCUCUGCAUCCGUCCUGGAGUCAAGGCAGUGAAAGUGGCAGAUAUUGAGAAAAUCUCUGUAUUUUACCCAAGUAACAACUGUGACAAAGUAGAAGUGAUUAUCACCUUAAAAGCACAUAAAGGACAAAGAUGCCUAAAUCCCAGAUCAAAGCAAGCAAACAUUCUAAUAAAGAAAGUUGAAAGAAGAAAUUUUUUAAAACAUCAAAACAUCUGAAGUCCUGGAAAAAAGGAUAUAAAAACUCAGAACAAGUUUAACUGUGAUGAUGAAAUGAUAAGAAUUC